UUAGAAGGGUGUUUUGUUAAAUUCCAGUGCUUGAUUUAAUUCAGAGUAUACCAUUUCAGUUAGGGCCCUGAGGUGGCCGAAAAACACUCUUUACUCAGACCUUUCUCAGUCUGACAGGAACACUUGUAAUGCAGGUGAUGUUUUCAGUGAAAGCCCUCAUUUCUGCUAGAAAUCAGUGACGGCAAAACAAGUCAUGUUCAGAGAGUGGCAUGCUUUCCUAUGCUUUGUUUAUGGGAGAUGGAGAAACUAAGGAAAGGUGUGGGAAGUGAUGGGAAGUAGCCAGGAGAGGGUGUGAAAGCUGUGAUCUGUUUGCUGCAGGUGAGCCUGGCAGUGCAUGGUGCCUUGCUCCUUGACAUGGGUCUGCAGGGAAAGAGCUGCUCCCAUUUCAGAUGAAACUGAGAAGAGAUGCAAGCAUGUGAGCUCGUGUCAGCCUGUGAGUCGCAGGGUGACCUGGCUCUUGGGCAAAUAGAAAUGCCCACUCCCCAGGAAUGAGCAAAAAGCAAGUAAACGAUUAGGUGGAUGGUGCCGUAUUAGUGUAAUGAAGCCUUAAGCAAACAUGGGUAGUACUCAGUAUCCCAGACACCGAGUCCUCCAUCUCUUCCACCCAACUUUCUGGCAAAACUGAGGACAGGGAAGUGAAAUCAGCCCUGGGAGGAGACAGAGCCAGAAAUAAAUGAGACUUCUUUAUUCUCUGCUGUCAGAAGAGUUGGACAAAUUCCUCUUCCUUGAAAUUGAUGUAAGUGCUUCUUGCUCCCUGACUACCUGGCAUUUUGGUAGAAUUACUGCUGGGAAAAUAGUGAGCUCUCUAUAGACAGUCCCAGUCCACAACUGCACUUGGCUGUGCUGGUUUUCUGGUCAAAUCUGACACUGGAUAUCUGUGGGUGCAGGAGACAAAUCCCAGGAGAGGCAUGUGAAGGUCACAGCCGGGAUGUAUGCUAGGCUUCUGCAAGCUGAAUGAGCUACUUCUCUGCGAAGUACCUGGGCAGCUGGCACUUUGCAGCUUUGAGCGGACGCGGGGAAAGUCUGUGUCUUUGUGGCUGCCGGCCACGCUUGGGUAAGAGCACUGCCGGCUUCCUGCGCCCGCUGUGCAUCUCCUCUCUUGACCUCAGCUGCCAGCUUCCUUUUUCUGUCACCUACUCCCGUGGCUGCAGCCAAAUGCCUCUUGCAGAGACAGCUACUGCAAAGCUGAGUUAUAGGGGCUUUAGUAGGGCCCACCCUCCUCUGCUGCCCUGCGCCUGCUGUAAAUGGAGCUCCUGAGAACAAGAACUUGGUAUGGCGUGGGACCUUAGGGGAGCAGCUUGUGUAAAAGAGUCAAAACAAAAUGUUUCUCCCUCCAUUUGCCUUUUCCUCACCCAAAAUCCAGCUGAGUGUCUUCACAUUUGCCCUCCCCGCCCCUUCUUUGUGGCAGGGGAAUGGACUAGAUCACUCAAGGUCCUUUGACCCUGUUUUCUCUGAUGCUACAUAAUGCAUGUAGUAUAGACUGAGCAGGCUUUAAAGAAGCUCAGAGACAGAGCAAUCUAGUUGCAAUGCUGUAGAGCUGUGCAUUGGCUAAUUCACCCUGCUAGGCAGUACAGAGCACCCAGCUGGGAAGGAGAGGGUGUGUUUGGAGUUAAAAUAGACUAGCAAAAUUACCACAUGCAACAGGUAACCCCUGUGGUUUGUUCAUAGUGUGAGCUGCCACUAUAUAAAGUUGACUCCUCUACAAAAGCAUACAUAAAUGAGCUGAAACCUCAAGAGGACAGAAAGAUGUUACAGGAUGUGUUGUAGAAGGUCUGAUAAAUGGAUCUUCAUGGACAAUUUGCUCCACUCAUCUUUAAAGAGUUGUGUAUGCAGAUUGGAAAGUGUGCAAAAUUCUGAGUGAGGGACUUAAAUUAAGGCAGAUCAGGGAGGAGCUGGCUUCUGACCUGGCUGUUGGAGGGGAAAAAAAAGAAUUCAGUGGAGCAUUUCUUAAUUUUGGAUGUAAACAGCCUCAGAUGUCCAAAAUGUCAGUAGGCAGCCUGGAUGUGAUCUAUAUCACGAUAGAGUCAGUUAUUGGGAUAUUUGCAGUGGUGGGCAAUGCCUUGGUGAUCUGGGCAGUGAAGCUGAACCCAGCUCUUCAGAAGACCACCUUCUUUUACAUCGUUUCCCUGGCACUCACUGACAUUGCCAUGGGGAUCCUUGUCACACCACUGGCUGUCAUGGUGAGCCUGGGAGUCAUCAUCCAUUUUUACUCCUGCCUGUUCAUGUGCUGCCUGAUGAUGAUCUUUUCUCACGCCUCGAUCCUGUCUCUCCUGGCCAUCGCAGUCGACAGGUACCUGCGAGUGAAGCUGCCGACCAGGUACAGGACAGCCGUCACAAAGAAAAGGAUUUGUGUGAUUCUGGGACUCUGCUGGCUCCUGUCUGUGCUGGUGGGGCUGGUGCCCAUGCUGGGGUGGAACCAGCACAUGGGCAGCUCCAGCUACAUCGAGUGUCACUAUUUGGCUGUGAUGAGAAUGGAUUAUGUGGUGUAUUUCAGCUUCUUCACCUGGAUCCUCCUUCCCUUGCUCAUCAUGUGUGCCCUCUACACCAAGAUUUUCUACAUCAUGUGGAUAAAACUAAGCCCGAGCUCAGCAAGUCCUCCAGGAGGAGGAACAGUUUGUGGGAAGGAAUACAAAAUGGCCAAAUAUCUGUCCCUCAUUCUCUUCUUGUUUGCAGUGUCUUGGCUGCCUCUGGGCAUCCUGAACUGCAUUUUGUACUUCUGCCCCUCCUGCACCAUCCCGCAGCCUCUGAUGUACCUGGGCAUCCUGCUGUCUCAUGCCAACUCGGCCAUGAACCCCGUCGUCUAUGCCUUCAAAAUACAGAAGUUCAAAGAAACAUACACUUUCAUUCUGAGGACUUACAUCCUGUUCCAGAAGUCGGAGUUGGUUAUUUCUAGCGCAGACCACGCACCGGAGCAGGGAGCGAGCACCGUCUGAGCUGUGCCCCACUCAUCAGUCUGUCCGGGCUGGAUACAACAACUGAAACAGCAUGGGAACAACAAGAGUGGGGUGGAAAUGGCACAGGCACCAAGAUGUAUUUCUUGGAUCAUGUGUUCUGAAGCAACAAUUGUGUGUAUAUUUCUGUGUUCAGCUAAUUAAGCUCUGGACAGCGCAAUGCCGAGUUCAGGUUCCUAGCGAACUCCCCAAACAAACUCCCUCCUUUGCAUUUCCGAGGCAAAAGGUGUGAGAGGUUUGGAACAGAGUGGUAGCUCGGCGGGGAAGUGCUGGGGAGAGGUUAGCCUUGCUCCUGCUCUCGGGUGUUUUGCUCCGUUGAUACCAAGCCUGCCCGGGCUCCCGCAGCUGCCGGGAGGUGGCAGCGGUUCCCCGCGGGUCCGGGUCCCCGCUGUGCCCUGACACGAUGCGGGGUCUUCCUCAGCCUCUCGGGGUACCCACUUCCCCAUCCCCGACCCUCUCGCUUGGGCUGGCCCAAAUAUUUCUGCAGCUGCUGGGGCAGGAGCCAGAAGCUCCUACUGACGGUGAAAUGGAGCGCAAGGCUCUUGCACGCAGCCCACCAGCGGGCUCCUGCAGCGAAGCGCAGGUUGACAGUGAGCGCUGACAUUAGCCUUUGGCACUACUUUUGCCCCUGCUAACGGCUCUUCCUUUAAGAGUAUUUCCUUUGUCUUUUCAGCUCUGUUUAAGGAAACUGUUUCUCAAAUUGGUGGAGCUACAAUGAAAUGCUCUGGUGUGUUGCCACGGAACAAACCUCUCUGUAAAUGCUAAGGUACUAUAGGAUGUAACAAGAAGCCCGGACCCUGGCUGUCAGAUUUCUGGUUGCUCAAAGAGCAGCACAGCAAAAUGCAGUCAAGAGGAUCCCGGCUUGGGUGAGGGGCUCAGAGGCCAGCUGCUGGCAGGAGGGUGCUUCAUGGUCCAAAAAUGCUCUGACCUGGCUCAAUGGGACAGCAGCACCCGCUUACGGAAAGGUGCUUUGGAACAGAAGGAAAACAAGCAGCCUUUGCACAAGGUUUUGUUUCACCAGCCCAUAAAAUUUAAUAGCAAUAGAUUGUCCCAUAGCUUUUUCUUAGCCCGUCUUCAGUAAACCUGUGUCCCUGUGCCUGCGCAGGUGUGUGACCUGGGACUGGAAGCCUGCCACUGAGCAGAGGGAAGGGGUUUUGCUUCGUAUCUAGACUGCGGUACACUGAGCCCAUGUUUCCCAGGCUGUAGGUGAGGUGAGAAAUGCUUCAUCAGCUCAUUUCAUGACCCUCAGGCCAGAUCGCACAAGGGGCUGCUGCAGGCAUUACUGCAAGAGGAGGGAACCAUCGCCUUCCCCAGCAGGUACGUGACUAAUCCCUGCUUUCGUUGUCCCAACUCCCUGUGCUUCUAAGGAGAAAUAAAAGACCCGAAGGAAAAAAAGCCCUUUGGGCCCCUAUCCCCGCUGAUGCAGCCGAGGGCGAUGCCAUCAAACCCAGCUGAACUGCACCUGCCCUGACUGGGGCUGAAUCGGGACAUUUCCACCCAGCACCCCCUGUUCCCACCAGGUUCCUGCUGGGGAAGGCACAAGGUGCACUUAUUUUCUUCAGAUGUUUCCUCUGCCAGGCAGCAUCUGUUUCCUGUCCUAAAUAUGACAGAACCAGGUUGCUGGGCUGCUGCAACUCCUCUGUCAUCAACGGAGGACGAACCUCUGCCCUUCCGCUGUCUCUGCCCCGCCUGAGCUCAGCUUCACCCCCAGCCCAGGGAUGCCCUGGGCUGCUGCGGAUGCUGCGUCCCUCCUCGUGGCCCCGCACCCUCCUUCCGUGGGCACUCAGCUCUUCUCCCACUGCAUCCUUCAGCCCCAGCAUCAGGAAAC